AUGAGUUCAGAACGAGUUCCUGUGACCAUUGAGGCUGAUAUUGGUUCUAAGAUAGCUGAGGAUGAAGAGGAGUCUAGUGAAGCUAGACCAGUAGCGGAUGUAGUUGAGCAGUUGAUCGCGUUUUUCACUUUCAUCGUCGUCAAGCUUUUGUUUUUGGUCCAGCAGACAAGCACUCAAGCUUUUGAUUCAAGGUACUUCAAAAAAUCUGAAACUUUUGAUGAAUCUGUGGAAAAUAAUGAUAAAGAACAUGAAGCUUCUGGAGAUGUUGGAGUGGAUGAGAAUAUAAAUGAGUGUCAAAGAGAAGAAGCCGAUGUUGAACCAGAAAAUGUGAAUGCAGUGAAUGAAGAAGAAUUGAAUGUAAAGGAUGAUGUGAAUAUGAAUGAGCGCGAGAAGAGUGAUGAUCUGAAGGAGACUUAUGGAUUUUUUGAUAUAUAUGAUCUUGGAAAUUGGGAAAAUAUCAAAAAAGGAUGGAAUGAAUGGAGGGAUUUCAUGGUUGUACAAGGUCCAACAAAAAGGCUGCCACUUGGUUAUAACUUUCCUAAGGAUAGCGUUAAAAGACAUUUUUCACAUUUGUAUUAUACCAGAGAGAUGGAUGAUGGAACAAAACAAGAUCGGCGUUGGCUAGUUUACUCAAAGGUACUGAACAAGAUCUUUUGUUUUUGUUGUAAAUUGUUCAAUCAAAGUGAUAAUAGUCAAUUGGCAUCUACGGGGUUCAGUAAUUGGAGAAAUAUUUUGAAAAGGCUUAAAGAACACGAAUCUAGUCGUGAGCACAUUUUGUGUAUGAAACAGUGGGCAGAACUAGAUCUCAAGUUGCAGAAGAAUCUGACCAUUGACAAAUAUGCUCAAGAUGAAAUCUGCAAAGAGAAAAUUCAUUGGAGGCAAGUUUUGCUUAGGAUUAUUUCUGUAGUAAAAACUCUUGCUAAACAAAAUUUAGCAUUUCGUGGAAGCAAAGAGAAAAUUGGAGAAGAAGGUUGUGGGAAUUUUUUGAGCUUUAUAGAGAUGAUUGCUGAUUUUGAUCCAGUGAUGAUAGAAUAUCUUAGAAGAUAUAAAGAAGGUAUAUCUCGUUCUUAUUAUCUCAGCAACAGAAUUCAGAAUGAGUUAAUAGCUUUGUUAGCUAAUGAGGUAAAAGCUAUGAUUGUCAAGAAAUUCAAGGUGCAAAGUACUUCUCCGUAAUUCUUGACUGCACUCCAGAUAUUAGUCAUCAUGAACAAAUGACUGUCAUCAUUCGGUGUGUAGAUAUUUCAACAACUUCAACGAAGAUCGAAGAAUUUUUUUAACGUUCUUGAAAGUUGAUGAUAAAUCAGGUGAAGGACUUUUUCGUGAGCUUCAAGAUGUUUUGACUGCUUUUGAUUUAAAAAUUGACGAUGUGAGGGGGCAAGGUUAUGAUAAUGGCUCUAAUAUGAAGGGAAAGCAUAAGGGAGUGCAGAAAAGAUUUCUUGAGAUAAAUCCCAGGACGUUUUAUACACAAUGUAGUUGUCACAGUUUGAAUCUUGCACUUUGUGAUAUGGCAACCACUUCUUCAAAGGCAAUCUCAUUUUUUGGGAUUAUUUAGCGUACUUAUUGUUUCUUUUCAUCUUCAAUUAUGCGGUGGAAAAUAUUUGAGGAUCAUGUGGAUGGCCUAACACUUAAGCCUUUAUCACACACUCGUUGGGAGAGCCAUGUUGAAAGUGUAAAGGCUAUACGAUUUCAGGCUCCUAAAAUCAUGAAUGCGUUAGUGUACAUUGCUGAAAAUAGUGAUGAUCCGAAAGAACACAACGACGCUGAAUGUCUUGCAACAAGUGAAACACAUGGAAUUGGAAGUUUUGAGUUCUUGGUUUCCAUGGUUAUUUGGUAUAAUCUUCUAUCUGUUGUUAACAUCGUGAGUAAGAGUUUGCAGUCAGAAGACAUGAACAUUGAUGUAGCUAUUUCUCAACUCAAGGGGUUGGUUUCAUAUUUUCAAAACUAUAGAGAGUCAGGCUUUGAGAAAGCAAAAGCAGAAGCUAAAGAAAUUGCAGAAUCUUUGGAGAUCGAUCCUGUAUUAAAAGAUCCCAAAAAAGCA